GUAACUCUGUCAUCAGUCUGUCUCCUAAAGGCCCGGGUGGUCUCUAUAGCAACACUUCCACUCUACAGGGCUUCCUGGGUCGACACAAAGACCUGCUGAAUAACUCCUCCCCUGGCCCGUUCCCUGGGAAACCCAAACACCACCCCCUCAGCCUCAACGAUGCCAACCCCAACAAGGUGGAGGUCAACGUUACCGCCGACAAUGGCAAACCCCGCCCCCCCGGCCUGGCCGGACCCGCUUCCAAACCCCGCGCCCUAUGGAAGAAGAGCGUGGAGACGCUGAAACAAGGACCAAUCCCGUUGUCCGGUCCUGCUGGUGGUCCCGCCCCCGGAUCUGCUGGCUCUGCCCCUGGCCCGGGCCCUGCAACAAUGAAGAGCCAACGUUACCUCCCAGAAGACCCGCCCCAUUCUGACAUCUCUGAAUGUUCCAGUCGGCCCACCUCCCAUAUUGAGUCAGAUCUGGGGGGGGCCAGGAUGGGGCUAGGGGGGUUCAAACCCCCCAAAAACGGGCUGAAGAAACGCCCGGUGGGGGUGAUGGGAGGAGGAGGGGGAGGGGGAGCAGGGGGGAAGCACGGCGAGGGCGGAGGCGGCGGUGGGAGGAGUCAUGAGAAGAUCUACUCCAUAGACUCAGACCAGGCCAGUCUACACUCCGCCCCCUCUACCUGAGAGACAGCCUCCAGGACCCCCCCGACCUUACACACACACACACACACUCCGACCUCAGACACGCUCACUCGGAGCACUCUAACACACACUCCGUGGACGCUUCCAUCCUGCAGCUGAGCGCCAGUCUGCUGCACCACAGUCACUCUGCAGAUGCUGACCUCCACUCUCUGAAGGACAAGAAGUACAGCACCUACAAACACACCAGCACUGGAGCUGCCUCCUCCAGCAAGGACAAUAACA